UUCCGACCAGGUCCUACGGCGCCAUCAACGUCACUCUCUUGAUCUGACGACGAGGAGUUUAUCGGCCACCUCUUCCUCCCCUCCCACGCGCAGAGUCUGUGUCGCUACGAGGACAUACGAAGCAUGGCGCAGUCGCAAAUCUCAUGGGCAGCAAAUUCGAGCCAUACGAAGCCGCCGAUCGUAGCGCAUUUCUGUGAUCUGGCGAGAGCGAAGGUAAUUUGCGUUUUCGUGACCAGCCUUGUCGCGAAAGUAGUAGCCGCCGUCAAAUUGUAACUGCAGCUUCCGUGCUAUCGAGCGAUUUAAUGAACUCUCUAAGAUCAGAUAUUGCUAGAAUUCUGCGUGACCAGCACAGCGUACUCUAGAAUUAGCUGGACUUGUCAAGUGUUAUCAGUGAUAUCACUUGACAAGUCGGUGAUAACUGUCGGUGAUAAGUGACAAGACAAGUCGGUGACAAGUCGGUGAUAACUUAUCACCGAGUUUGGUAGGCUUGUAGGCAUGCGAAAGUGCCAAGAAGGCAUCAAGAUUUCGGUACGGCAGAUGUAUUUUCACGUGUAUAUCUGUGUAUGUCUACAUCGACGAGAAAGAAAGUUUUCAAGAACAGCACAGAAGUCUCCGCUGCAUCGAAUCCUCUAGCGCUGAGAUAUCUUGAACUCAUAAAGCUUUUCUCGCCACAGACCCGGAAGCCCAUUCUUGUACCUCAGGAUGAGGAUCUUCUCUCUAAUUCGCUCAACCUCAAGAACCAAUAUGAUGCGCACUUUCUCCUUGUGUGUUACGAAAACGAUAAGAUAGUGUGCACUUGUGCAGGUUGUCUUUCUUGAAGCUUAAAGCAAGAUCCGCAACUAACCCUGAGCAAGAACCUGGCGUCUAGAUCUUUUCUCAGCCUUGAGCGCAUACCUUUCCAUGUAUCUUGACGUUGUCAAUUGCCAAGUUCUGCCAGAGAAAGGGAAAGCCGACCGGGUCCAGGAUAAGUCUGGAAGGGUCUAGUUUGGGCACCUAAUUUCUUACAUCCCUCGCUGCUUCUCGAGCUGAAAAGAAAACGGCGACGCAUGGGAUGAAAGCUAAAGUUGUACUAAUCAUAAGCAUUAAUAUAUAGUAAUAUAUGAUAUAACUGUUUGCUCCGAUACCGACCGACUGCCCAGUCACUCCUUUCCCGCGGCUUCUACGAAGAGAGGACAGUUUUCAAGAUCUGUAGGUUUACUGCACGGAGCGAAGUAGUCGCCGGAGUAAGACAUAGAUUGAGAAAAGCCUUGUUUCUACUAGAGAUUUUAGAACGUUACGCUAUACAUUCUGCACGGUGGAAUCUUUGUCAGGAACGGGGCUAAAUUCGGUCCGAUAACGGAAGAGCUUGAACGGACCAUCGAACGGUCCAUUUAUUUGGCUGUGAUUUAAUGUACAGUAUGUAUACGAGUACCUCUAACAGUCUUGCCAGAGCACUAGAGUACUGAGCUUGGAGAAGCACUAAGAUUGGAUGUCACCUACUAUUGAACAGUUCGGUGCUAGUACUAUGGUCGUGUGUGUUGAGGGAAGUGAGCAGUGCGUGCCAUGAAGAAGAAAGUUGAUGAUCACGACACCCACAGCACUCUGCCCGAGGAAGACGAUGAAUCAUUGCAUUUCUGGAGGGUGUAGCUGGGAAGGAAAAGAAUGGAAAAGGCUGUGAGUGCGCUUUAGUGAAGGGUUUGAAAGUACUCUCGCUGAGGAUCUUUUGCGAGCGGGUGUUGUAAACUUACACGCAACGGCUUGCGGAAUCGGACGAACAUUAGAUGGACGAUUGAUCUUGAUGACGACGCUGCUGAUGCUGCCGUCUCCGCAGCGAUCGAGGUUCAAUUCCAUUCCGCCUAGUCACCUCAUCAUUCAUUGUGGGCGGACGAGGAUAAGGUUCAGAAUCUUCGAAUGUUGUGUUCUUGCCUUUCUCCGUCCGUCUUGUGAGCAUUAUAAUUAUAAUGCAUGUUAUCAUAUGUGGCCGUAUAUUUCACAGUGAGGUGAUAAAAUAUGGUUUCUUGGGUACUUAGAAAAUUCUCUGCACCUUCAGAUUCCCGGGCAGCGUCAAGUUGAUUCUAUAAUUUGUUUUUUGGGGGGCCCAGAAAUUAGAUGUGUGUUAAACUCACUAGAUAGACACGCUUAUCAAGAUUCUAAUGAUUUUGUGAGUAUCCGGCUUGUCAAUUGACCCCAGUAAUGGACACGAUUGCACCCUAAAGUGGAAAAGACAUAAAUACCUGGGUCUUGUCUAAAGCCUUCACCAAGCCGCGCUCCCAAACUCCCUUGGAGCUAUGACCAUCACCUUCUAGCUGCGAGCUUCGAGAACCAGAACAGUGAACGAAAUCUGGGCCCACCAGCUGACCAGCAUUACGAAGUCAGCAGGGAACUCUGGAAUCUGCCUUGAGGAGACAAGGGAAUCGUCUAAACUUUGUCCGAGCGAAAUUCCUAUAGUGAGUUUGUCCUGAUGUGCUGCAUCCAAGCUCUGAAGGCGGACCUUUUAGAACUGUUCAAAGCAAGUUCUCCCGGUUACCCGCUCAGCUAACUGUUUAGUUGCUGGAUAAUUAUUCUCAGGUUCCCUGUCGUCAUCAGAUGAACGUCAUGUCGUCCGAAUUUUCAUGACUUAUUGAUUUUGAUGUAUGAUCUCAGGAGAUAAAAUGAAGUGAAGUGAUUGUCGUCUCGAGAGUUGGUUCCGACGGAGGUAGCGUUCCAAGAACAUCGAAUAUCCGCGUUGGUCAAGUAGUUAGCUGGCUAGCUGCCCUGCAGGUUAUACAGAUGUGGCAGGUCUUUUCUGGUCUGUAUUAUAUAUAAAAUAGCCAACUGGUGCAGCUUCAUAUUGUCGGUCUCAGUUUUGAACCCGCAGGGAGAGAAAGAGCGAGUGAUAAAAUUUGAAAGAGCGAGUGCUCUCAGUGACAACCUUGUCACGGUGGUCAAGUGUGAUUGACUGUAUUAUGGUUGACUCAAUCACGUCCACUUCAAUAGUUGUAAAUGUCUGCGUGUUAUGGUGAAAAUGCAGUUCUACUUGUAUCGCAAGAUAAGUGUUGCCGAAGAUUCUUGUGUUUACAGGCCAAUAUGAUCGAAUCCAUUCGUCUAUUAGUAUCUACACGUUCACUUCAAAGUGGUGUCUAUCUUGUGGAGUUGAUUCAAACCCGACUCCUGCUCAUGCAGGUAGGAAUAGCAAAGAAUCUGCUGAGUGGGAUCAUUCCUUAAGAUCCGGCAGGGUUGAAGCUUGAAGCCUGUUUGAAGCAUCGGACCUGAUAUCUUUUCUACCCUGCGAUUGCAGAGUGGAUCCAGUACACAGUACGUCUUUUUCCACAAGUUGAGAUUUCUAGGCACCUUAAAUUUCAAUCGUACCUCCAUCGCCGAUGUUUAUCGUACACGAAGAGGCAGUUGAUAGUGCUGAAUAUGCAGACAUCGACAUUUGUCUGAAGGAUGCAGCGGCUGUCGAGUUUGAGUUUGUGGCAUCGAGUUGUGGGUCUUACACUGGUGUUUAUAGCCUUGUUGUACUUAGUGGAUCUCACAGUCGUACCCAUCGAAUCCAAAUCCCAGUAUUUCCGCUUCAAUCCUUUCUCAUCACGGGACGACACUAGCUGUUACGGCAAUCUCUCUAAGUCAGGCAAUUUGGAACAUUUAUCAAACUUGGCGGAGUCUCCGAAACAAUUAAGCAACGAGAUCACUGAGAAUGCCGCAGACUCUGUUGGACGACGGCCUGGGGGGCCCUCAAAACCAGCCAUCAAUGGGAUCUCCAAUAAAUUUGCCGACGACACUGGAGGAUUGCCUGUUCAAGAAUUGCUCCAUGUUACGGAGAUAAAUUCUGGAGAAACCGCUGAAGUGCCAACCACUUCCCAUUAUCACAACUCUACUUGGAAGCCAGAGAUCGGAUACUGGCUUGAAAAAUGUGGUGAAGCUGCACCAUUUCUCGUUCCUGAACAAUUUGCCAACAGGGUCUGCGAGCACAAAUGUCAAGGACGUGGUGUGUGCAAUCAUGAUUUCGGGGAAUGCCGCUGCUACCAUGGUUACACCGGCAGAGGAUGCGAGGUGGAACAGCAGUUUGUAUGCAGUGACAAUGAGACGGAAAAGUGGACGGCGAUUUAUGGGAGUUGGAGGGUAUCCAUAUGCGGGGCUUACUGUGACAAGAAAUUAAGCUUUUGUUACUGCGGAGAGGGAACUAAAUAUCCUCAGCGACCAGUGGCGGAGUCCUGUGGCUUCUCAAUGAGGGAUGAUCGUGUCGAUUGGGACGCGCCAGAUCCUUCAAUAUUUUCGAAUGAUAACGAGAGUAUUGGGUGGUGCAAUUUGAGUAUCCAGGAUUUGGACAAGUUUGAAAAGAAGCCAAAUUGCGGGUGCAUUUACGAUGGAACCGGAGGAGAUCUGUGUGAAGUUCCUGUCGAAAGCUUCUGCAUAAAUCAGUGUUCUGGAAAUGGGCGAUGCCGUGGAGGUUCCUGUGCGUGUGUCGAAGGGUGGCACGGUAUUGACUGCAGCAUCCCUUCAUCGCUAUCAUCCCUUCAAAGGUGGCCCCAUUGGCUCAGACCUGGAGUAUUAAAGAUGACGGAUGUCUCCGAGUCUUGGCAGCAGGAAACACUUGAGGUCGUGGUGGAGAGACGCCGACCUUUGAUCUACGUCUACGAGCUACCUGCUAAAUUCAAUAGUCAUCUCCUCGAGGGGCGACACUACAGAAAUCAUUGUGUAAACAGGAUCUAUGACCUGGAUAAUCGGACGAUAUGGAUCGAUGACCUCUAUGGAUCAGAGGUUGCAAUUCUAGAAAGUUUGCUUUCUAGUGCCUAUCGCACUUCUAACGCUGAGGAGGCCGACUUCUUCUACGUGCCAGUUUUGGGAGCCUGCGCCAUCAUUCGUGCAGAUGAAGCCCCUCAUAUGAACAUACAGACAGACUUUCUAGGGUUGCGGACGUACUUUUCAGGAGAGCUGUACAGAGAAGCUUUUGAGUACAUAAGAGAUACCUACCCGUAUUGGAAUCAAACCGAAGGGCGUGACCAUAUGUGGCUAUUUCCAUGGGAUGAAGGCGCGUGUGCAGCUCCGAAAGAAAUUUGGAACAGCAUGAUGCUUGUACACUGGGGUAACACAAAUUCCAAACACAAUUACUCAACCACCGCUUACUCAGCGGAUAGUUGGAACGAUAUUCCUAGCGAAUGGAGGGGUAAUCAUCCUUGUUAUGACCCAGCAAAGGAUCUUGUUUUACCUGCUUGGAAGGUCCCGGAUCCUACCUUCUUCUCAAUAAAACCGUGGGCAAGGACGCGCAAGGAACGGCCGACGCUUUUCUACUUCAAUGGAAAUUUAGGUGACAUGUAUGAAGGACGACCUGAAGCUGAAUACAGCAUGGGAUUACGACAGAGGCUGGCGGAAGAAUUUGGCUCGCACCCGAACAAAAACUUAACGGCAGGUCGACAAACAGCUCCUGAUGUGACGGUCGUCUCCACAAGAAGUGAAUCCUAUGGGAUGGAGCUUUCACAGUCUCGAUUUUGUGGAGUUCUUCCUGGAGAUGGCUGGAGUGGGCGCAUGGAAGAUAGCAUUUUGCAUGGCUGCAUACCUGUGAUUAUUCAGGAUGGCAUACACCUCCCUUUCGAGAGUGUACUUAAUUACGACGAGUUCUCUCUACGUGUAGCUGAACGUGAUCUUCCACAACUGAUUACAAUUUUGCGGAAUGUGACUGAAAGCAGGGUUGACUCAAUGCUGUCUGCAAUCCAAGGAUUGUGGCAAAGAUUUACAUACAUAAGUGCUGUUCAACUUGAGGGCAAACGAGAGAUCCAGAAGCAUGGCGAAGCAUACGCGGAUUGGAUUCAGCAGUAUAUGAAUGCUUCUGGUGAUGAUGCUUUCUCAACUUUCAUACAGGUGCUGCACUUCAAAUUAUAUAACAGGACGUGGACGAAGACCACGACAAAUAUAGAUUCAGAAGAUUUCAGUAGAAAGGAUUACUGUAGUAAAAAAAUCCCUUUAUAGCACCUUUUUCUUAGACAUGAAGAUGAUCAGGAUUAAACACCUGUGCUCUAGUUUAAGAGCGCUUGUUUAUUGCCGAAGUUGGGAAGGUUUUUUGUCGAAACUACGCAGCCUCCACGGAUGGCCAAUAUCUCAGCAAGCGGUGCUAUACUUUGAUCAACUCAAUUUGAUCCAAUUCAAAGUGCUGGUUCAACCUAAUUGUGUAAAACAGUAAGCUACAACUGAAAAUUUCUUUGAACAGAAAUCUUUGGCCCAGGAUAUGUGGGAGAAACGUGUUGAAGGUUUUGAUACAAUCUUGUGUUGGCACUUAGUGGAGUAGUAAGUAUCAAAGCUGAAUAUAGAGUGGAUAGGUUGACGAUCGCGUAUAUUGCACUCCAGAAGCUUAAACCUUUAUUUGUACCCCCGCGAAGAGUUUACAAUAAAAUCCUCUCACGAGAAUUGAAGGAGAGAUCAAAAGCUUAAAUCCUCAAUUCUCACCCCCCAAGAUGUAAGCACAGAACCCACUGUGCAACUUUACACGCAUAAUGAACGAUAAGGA